CCGGCUCUGGUGCCGCUGCUGCGCUAACUGGCGGACGUCAGUUUUCGCUCCGUUGUUUUGAACGUACUUCCCGCGGUGCAUCAUGGGAUACAAAAUGUCUCCUAAGAGCGCUGGCUAAUGCUAUUUUACGAGAGAUAAUCGCGAAUAAACAUAAAUCUUACUCUUCUUUCAGCUGUUAAAGUGUCAGUGUAUAUAUGUGAUAAAUUAACGGCGUUCUGCUGUCGCCAUGUCAACGAAAGCGGAGACGAGGGUGUCCAGCUCGAGCUCCAGAACAGAUGAGAGGAAGAGAUCAACGAGUUCAGGUCGAGAAAAAACCAAGCGGAAACGUAGUCCUAGUAGGUCUUCCUCGUCAUCCUCUUCUAGGUCAUCUUCCUCGUCGUCUUCAUCCUCGUCGUCCUCUUCCUCUUCGUCGGGCUCAUCAAACUCAUCCAGCCGCAGUCGGAGUAGCUCUAGCAGUAGCGACUCAGACAGUAAAUCCAGAAAGCAGUCUAAGAAAAGGAAAAAGGAGAAACAACACAAAAAACCGAAAGGGAAGAAAGAAAAACGACACAAACGUAAAAAAGAAAAGAAAGUGAAAGGAGGAGAGGAAAACACGGGACCUGUACAAAUCUCCAAGUACUUGAAGGACAAGAAAAAAGGCAAGUACAGCAUGAUUUCUGGGAAGAAGAUAAAGAUGAAAGUAAAGAAGUCAAAGAAAGACAAACAGGAUAAAAAUCGGGCAGAACUUCUUGAGUUCCUGAACUCCACCGUGUGAUGCCGCUGUGGACGGCAGGGAAAGUGCUCAGACACGUCGGCAGAACUCAGGAAACAACAACUCGGCUUUCCCGGAGAACAACGAUGAAGAGUUUUCUGAGAAAGAGAUGAUGAAUACAACUUGCAUUGACACACACACACACACACACACACACAGGCAGCACCGAGCCUGAUGGGACUGAUGGAAAUGUGUUCAGACCGCCGGCUUGAUUUUCACCAUGGCACUGUCCGGGUGGCGGAUUCUACAGCUUGGUCUGAUAGCUUUUGUGAUAUGAGAAGUGUUUAUGGUGAGCAGUGUCAUCAAAUAUUGUGUCUGUAAUUAACUACAUCAGAUGAAGGCCAGUGACUGCCGGCGAUCAGCUUCUCAACUUUGUUUGUGAUUUGAACGUACGGUGACUCCUUGAAGAGUGUUCUCCACCGUUUGAGCAUUUUAUUCCUAUAACAGUGUGGGACUCACAGUGGACCAGAGACAUUCUCUUCUUUCAUCCUUUUUAUUUCAUGCAUUCUUCUUCAAAACCAGCCGCCUACACUACCCAAAAUGCAACUUGAUGAGCCCCAGAGGUCUGGUAGACUAAUUUCUAUCUUAACUCCCCACCCACAGGUUUUUGAAAGACACGUUUACUGUCACGUGUGCAGUAGUGCUCCUCAGCCCCUUAAACAGACCUUGAUAUGUAAAAUUGAUUCUCCUUUAAAGUUCAAGCUAUUGUUUACCUGCUGGCUCUGUCAAUCAUUCAUGUCAACCGUACUACUAAUGUAAGAUUGCCCAUCAUUAUUAUUAUUUUUCUGUAGAUACCUAACCGUUAUGUUUCCACAGUAAAUGUGAGAGCCGGAGUGUUAUCAGCGUGUACUGAUAGAUAAAUGUGUACAUCUUCUUUCAAAUGAUAUGGGAAUCAACUCUGAUGGUAACUGUAUGUCUUAUUCAGAACAUUCAUUCCCCCAAAUUCUGUCAUGGAUAUUGUUUCAGCAUCAGUCAUUUUAUUAAAUUGAAAUAAAUCAAUCCACUUGAGAGCUGUAUAUGGAGUAAACCUGCAGGGUGAUGUGACAAACAGAAAAAAAAACACAAUUAACUACCGGGAGGUUUGUUUUCUGCUCUCAAAAAGGUCUUUUUGACGCCUUCUUUCAAUGAAGAACAGAAGGAACGCUUUCAGUUUGUUGACAUUGAAUGAUGAAUUAUUGUGCUGAGUCUUUGUGUGCUGUAUGUAGAAGAGGAGCAUGAUUCACCCUCUGAAUGACGUCGACUAUCACCAAUAACUUGUACAUACAAUUUUUAUAUAUAUAUAUGUACGUACAUACAUGCGUACUGUCAUAAAAGACCAUUCACCUUUGCAGCUAUUUUGUGUUGUGUGACAAGACAACACCAACAUAUUUCAUGUGUUCCUGCAAUAUUUAGGAGUCAAGAAAGCCUCUAAAGCCAACAGUAAAUAGCCCUCAAUGCUUAGAUAGCAAUGUCUACAAAAUAUAAGACGCAUCACUGCCAGAGGCGAUACUCUUACACUAAAUUGUAACUGUUUCAGUUCCACAAAAAAAACACCUUACAUUGCCCAUUUAGGUGAACAGGUAAAUCAGUAAAUGGACCGAUGCUGAUUGGUGUCAUACUGACAAGAGGACGAUUCAUCCUGCCUCGUCUGGUGCAAAGUGGACAUUCCGUGUCUUCGGGUCCUGUGCCGUGAUCGCCCCACAUCAGGCAACCUUGCUGCUGCUGGUUCCUUUGUAUCUGAAGUCAGGCAUGCUCCACACCCUCUGUGACCCCCCCAUGCCUCUCUCCACAUCCUCUGACACGGUCUUGAGGUCACUCAACCCGGCCUCGUCAGUCACAGCGGAGGUCAGGCCAACUGUGCUUCCAAACGGGUUGAUCUUGAUCCGGGACCUGAAGUUCAUGAGGGACAUGCUCAUGGCACGUUUGUUGUUCCACUGGUGGGCGAGCCGCUGCGUCUCCCGCUCCUCCUUCAGGUGGUCCAGAGUCUCCAGGAGGACGGAGCGAAACAGGUCGGACACCUCCUGCACCUCGGGCUCAUUGGCCUGCAGAACCUCCCUGAACCUGAGAGGAGCAAAGAUCAAGUUUACGCUGUGUGUUUUCUGUCAUACUGGAAGAACAGUCUAGAGUACUGCACCGCUCUCAUACAACAUUGUCGGACUCACGGUGGAUGGACAAUUUGAUCAAAUGAAUGCAACCGAACCAGAGAUAUUGACUUUUUUUUAAAAUUUACAGCAAUUCUUCCUUCUUGCUUAAACCUGGUGCAUACAUUACCACAAUGCAACUCAACUGAUGCCAAUUCAUUCUGGUAAACUUCAGGUAAGCUCACUUCUUUCUAACUCCACACUCACAGAUUUCUUUUCAUUUUCAAAUGUUUGGACCCAACCGACAAAUGACAUAAUUUGAGGCAAUUUAUCAGACUUUGCUUCAUACAAUAUGUUUUCACAAAUGCAGAAGCAGUCCUUCUCAAGAAGCACCGAUAACAGAUUUUGGUGUAUAAAAUCAUUUAACAGCCCCUGAAAA